AUGACGUCGAGCUACCCUAAGGUCUACCUGAUCUCAGCUUGGGUAGUCGGCGUCUUUCAGCUCUGCGCUGGUCAGGUGUGUACUCCGACCAAGUUAGAGUUGCUGUGUGGAAGCAGCUCGCAGUUCGUCGAGAACAACGGGAUGCUCGGUUGGCAUCAAUGCGUCCCAAAGUCCUGCGGGGGCCCUCCAGUGAUCUCCAACGGGUACACGGUACCAGCCAGAGGCGAGAGUAGCCCCAUGUGCAAUGAGAACUGUACCUUCGGGAACUACAGCUCUUGCGCAAUCAUCUCAUGCAGAAACCAGAAUGUGUCCAACGGGGUCAUCGAGCCUUCACAUAGGGAUAUCGAGUACGGGAGGAGUGUCGAGGUUUCGUGCAAUUAUGGUUACAUGAGAAACGAUUCAGCGCACUUGAAGGGAGACAACCUGGAGAGUCCAGCACACGUCACCUUCUCCCGCAUCUGCAGCGGCAACGGCCAGUUGACGAACAUGGAUGUGUCAUGUGUAGCUAUGCGUUGCUCCCAGGUUACCGACAAGUACUUGACUUGUACCGACUCUUCCAUGUGCAAAGCAGCGACAGGAAUGAAAACAGGUGUAGCAAACCCAGCAAGGCCGACGAGCGUGUAUGAAACCGUUAAGAUAGAUUGUAUUCCUGGGUUUCACUGGUCUGGAGGAAGCAAUGUUAUGCAGUGCAAGUGGACUGGGGCCCUUUCAACAGUUGCUGGGAUGUGUAUCCCUUCAGCAUGCAACAGCACCAUCAGCAACAGCCUCCUCUCCUGGGAGAAGGCCAGUACAGUCGCUGACGGGGGGAUCGCCUAUAAAGACUCUGAUCACAUUGUUUGCGCUUACGGGUACACAAUCAAGCACUCCCGGCUGCCCUCCAACAGCACCUGCCCCUUCAAGAUGGUAGUCAACUGCUCCUGGUCUGCAGCGAAUGGGAGACCGCAGCUCAAUCUCGACCUCAACGACUUCUCUUGUGUGCGAGCGGCUUGCCCCAUGACCAACCUCGUCUCCGGUCUACGUCACUACAACAGCAGCUUGUUGAAUCUGAGCUUGACUUUGAACGUCGGGGACACAGUCGAUGUGACUUGUGUGCAAGGCUACCGCGCCGCUCCUCUUGACUCCUUCUCGACCUCGUGUGAUAGUUCUCGCCGAUUCUCAGCUCGAUGUGCUCGUGGGGACACAACGAGCGAUCCCAGCUACUCCCCAUGCGACUUUGAUCGCCUUCACUGCGUCCCAGUCCACUGCUCGCUCUCUGCGGUACCGAAUGGUGUUGUGUCGCUGAUGGGCGGGGAGGAUUACGACAAGAACCUCUUGAGAUGGUACAACAAGUACGCAAACAUCAGCUGGAACUUGUCAAGCACGAUGACAGCAAACCUCUCCUGCGAUGUUGGAUAUCGUCCCGCCUCGUCUCUUGUGGCGUACCCUGACGGCUCCUCUCCUCGCUCCGUCAUCCUGAGCUGCAGCAGCGAAUGUCAACUCAACUACUCGAGCCCCUCCUGCAAGCCCGUCUCCUGUCAGGACACCCUGCCAGCCGGUCACUUCGUCAGCGGCAGGCUGCCUCGUCCCUUCUUGCACGGCGACGUCUACGAGGUCUACUGUCCGUCCGGCACGGCAGUGCAAGGAACAACGACGUGUCAGGUCAUGUAUCAGAUGACGUGCUCCGACGGUACUCUCCUCUUCAAGAUGCCCGCAGACUCCACGUUCAGCCCCCAGCAGAUCCAGUGCACGGCCAUGACGUGCGGCAGCGGUUGCUCGACCUCCUGCAGCUUCGACCAGAGGUUCCAGGACCCUCUCGCCGAGACGAUACCCAACACGACUGUGACCGAGGGUUUCAUCUCAAGGUUCUUUCAAUGUCGCUCCGCUAAUGCUGAACCUGUCGACAACGAGUGCAAGCAGUUUGGAGACGCCAAGUGUGAGAAGGGCUGCUUCUCGAGGUUGUCAAACUGCAACAUCGUCCAGCAGAACUGCUUUCUCCAGCUGCCCCCUCACACCUUCACCGUGCCGGCUGCCGCAAGUCUGAUGCUCAAGCACAAGGACUCUCGAACCGUCUACUGUGAGGCCGGAUACAUGCUGGAGGACGACACUCCCUCCGUCUGCGAGACCGUCCAGGUGGUCGCGUGCUCCUGCGGCGCUGCCCCCAUCAAACGAUGCAUCCCCCAGACGUGCGCCAGCCGUUGCGACCUCGGCUGCCCUGCUUCUCAGCUCCUGACGUUUCCUCACUUUGGAACCGCUCGGUAUGUACUUGGCCCUGAGAUCUCCAUCUCCAGCACAAUCCCUCACCUUGCCCAGCUGCAAUUCUCAUGUGCGAACGGAUUCGUACCGAUCUCUUCCAACCUCUCGAUUCCUCGUCCUGUGUGCAACCCCACAAGCAUCAUCAACGCUGUCUGCAGGAGCUGUCAGAUCAGCAUCACCGACGACCUCACUUGUGCUGCGGCCUCCUGCCCACCUGUCGACUUCCCUUACAAGACAUCCGACGGGUUCGACAUGGUUGAUUCCACCUCAGUUCCUGGGUUUCACCUGGGGGGAGCGAUCUUGACAGGUCAGCGGGUGAACAUCACAUGCCCUGUCAACUAUGCGGUGGCUGGAACGACUGCCCGAACCAAGGAAGUGACAUGCGCUGCCAAGAGCGAUGGAACGUGCGGGAUGGAUCUGCCCAUCUGUCAGAGAGUGCCUUGUCCUUCCUUCACUGUACCAGCCAACAGCAUGGCCACGAGGUACAACCUGUCAGUUUCUCCGCCUCUCCAACAGACUGUAGCCGGUGGUUCCUCCCUUGUCCUGCUCUCUGGAGACUUUGCUGAGAUCGAAUGCAACUCAAGCUAUCGCCUCUCCUCCAGCAACCUCUUUGAGUGCGCCUCCAGGUUCAAAGUCACAUGUCUUGAGGAUGGAAAGUUGCUUUCUUCGCGUUCAAAUUCCAGCUCAAUCGACUCUUGCGAGCUCCAAUCUUGCUUCAUCGUCUGUGACAUGGGGUACGCGUGCGCAAGCUCCGAUGACCCCAAGUUGUGCUCGAACGAUGUUUGCGCAUUCAACGCUCCGAGAACCCAGGCAGUGCCUUGCUCCAACAUCUCUCAGCUCAGCUCAACGCUGUCGAAGCCCCUCUCAGGCGAUCGCUGCCAGUACUUGUCGCUCAACGUAUUUCCUUGCCUUCCCUUUCGCUGCGUUCGCUUCGAGAUGCCAGCAAACGCCAAGUCAGCCGAGACAGUCAAAGAGGUCAACGGUCAGGUGGUGUGGGUAGCAGACACGGCAUCGACACUGUCAGGUCAGGUCGAGCAGAGGUAUGGUGCCAUCAUCAACGUCACGUGCCAGCAAGGUUUCAUGCCUGAGACCUAUGCGGGGUCGGAGGAGGGAUGUCCGCAGUCGUGGUACUUGACAAGCUGCAACGGUCAAGGGCUGUGGGAGAACUACCAGCGCUGCGUCCCCAAGACGUGCAGGGUGACGUGGCAGCUGGGAGGCUACUGGCAGUACAGGGACGUGUUGCUCGGUUCAAGUUUUCAGGUGCCUUGCAGUGCCAACGAAGAGAUUCCUGCAAGCCUGCGCAGCUCGGUGUGUCUUGACAACUGCAACAUGAGCUCCCAGCAGGUCUGUGCCCCCAAGAAGUGUCGCCCCUACAACGUGACAGGCUUCCUUGUCGUUUCCAGCAGCAACCAGUCCGUCACUGUCGGUCAGAAGGUCGUCGUCCGCUGCCCCAUCGGCCUCGUCGCGGCUCCGAGCUUCGUCCAUCGCUGCUCGAAGACGUUCGAGUCAACUUGUCAAGCCGACCAGAUGUUCGACAGGCAGGAUCUGCUCCAGUGUGUCCCGGCCUCCUGCAGACCGUACGUUGAAGUUGACCACAACGUCCUGCAGCAGUCCAACUCCAUCCGUCCUGCCUUGUAUGGGCAGCCCUGCCGGGAGUUUCGGUGCAAGGAGGGUCACGGGCUCGGGGGCAAUGGCAGUCAGUCGAUCUUCAUGAGGAGAUGUGGAACAGCCGACGAUACUCUCUCGGCCUGUGAGUGGGAGGCGGGCCCACUCUGCGAGCCCGUGGUUUGCGGGAAGUUUGCGGCAGAGGCAGUCCCGGCGAACUCCACGGUGACGUACGAUGCCAACACCUCGUAUAGGUUCGGACAGAAGUUGUCAGGCCGGUGCGAGCUGGGAUUUCACCGCUCUGAUCAGCAGAAUCUGCAAAACUUCGAGAUUUCUUGCCUAGCCAGUGGAAAGUUCCAGGAGCCUCCCAGCUGCAUUCCUGUGGUGUGUCCACCAUUUGAGCGCUAUCUGCGAGCCACGUUUGCCUCCGACGUCUGGAGCAGAGCGCCGGUCACGCAGAGCAACGAACAGGUCAAGUUCAACGAGACCGUUAAGCUGCUCUGUCCUGAGGGAUACGAGUUUGACCCGUCCUCAGCUGGAGCAGAGCAGGGCGUGAAGGUUUCAGAUUUUGUCGCCAACCCGACGGUGCGCAGCUACGGCGACAAGAUCGUCAUCGAGUGCCAAGACGGUUUCCAGCUGACGAGCUAUUCAUCUGCUUUUUUAGCUGACUUCCAGCAGACCUUUGGAGUUGUGAAGGUCCUGGCGAGCAAGAGAUACGCCCUCCCUCCUCUCUCAACAGCCUCACAAAUCAGCAUGGACGGACCUUAUAGUGACGUUAAAAUUUCCUUCCCUGCCAACUCCUGGCCCCCCACCGCCACCCAAGGACCGGAAAUCAUCGUCUUCAACAGCUCAACGGGUCUCCCGAAUCUGCCAGCAACCGCUGAAGUAGCAGGGGUUAUCCUCGAUUUUGGACCCUCCGGCAUCAAGUUUCAGAAUCCCGUCAAGUUGUCAAUCCCGACUUAUCUCAAGUCAAAACCUCAGGACCUUGAAAUCUUCAUCUACCGGUAUUGA